AUGUCGUACAAUCCUCGAAUGAGCAUCAUUCCCACCUCUCAAACCCAGUCACGAACAACGCGCAAAAAGGAAGAUGAAGCCGACGCAUUUAUGCGUCUUCCUGACAAGGAGAUUGUCGGCUGCAUAACGGACAUCGGCAUUCCUUUCACUGUCGCUGACCUCCAGAAACCGAACCCUCUCCAGGUUCAGAUGAUCUUCGAGUGGUUCGCCGAACUCCUGCUGAAUGCGACACGCGAGACCGUCGAACCAGCCAUGCGUGCCGCCACCGAGGAUAUCUGCGGCGAAUACUCGGACAUCGUGCCCCCCGACACCCGCAACCUGAUGGGCUUCUACGUGUCGUUGCGACGUCUUCUCUCUGAAUGCGGAAUUAACGAUUUCAGCUUCAACGACCUGUACAAGCCGUCGCAUGACCGCCUCGUCAAGAUCUUCAGUUACCUUAUCAACUUUGUGCGGUUCCGCGAGUCGCAGACACCCGUCAUCGACGAGCACUUCAACAAGGCCGAGACCACCAAAGCGCGCAUCGAGAGUUUGUACUCCGAGAACCAAGAAAUGGAGUCACGUCUUGUCGAGAUGAAGCGUAACCGCAAGCACAUGGAGGCCCAGGUACGGGAGAAGACAACACGCAACGAAGAGCUGAAGCAGAGACUGUUGGAGCUGCGACGAAACCAGGAGCGUGUGGCUGCGCGCCUUGAGGAUGCCAAGGUCAAGAAAACGGAGCUUACAGUGGCGCUGGAGGACAAGACGGCGCAGAAGCUGGCAUUGAAACAAGAAAGCCAGAAGCUGCGGCCAUAUGUCAUGCAGAGCCCCUCAGCUUUGCAGGCUAGCCUGACGGAACUGAGCAACACACUCAACAGCGAGAAGGCGCAUAUCGACGCUCUUGACCGCCGCUCACGCGCACUACAAACAUCGGCCGACUCCUUUACGGUGGUUUGUACUGAUGUGGCAUCCUGCAUUAAGAUCCUCGACGAGAUUGGUGUCGAGCUGGCCAAGGAGGAGGAAGAGAACCUCAAGAACGCCAAGCAGCGUGACGCCCUCUCGGAGCGCGGUAACAACGUGCGAGAAGUGGAGCGGACCGAGGCCCUGUUGCAACGUCAACUGCUCAAGUGGAACGAGCGAACGGAAAAGCUUCGCGAGCAAAGUUCUACCAAGGCUCAUGAGGCCAAGGAGAAGAUGGAGGAGCUCCGUGCCGUGCACCGCAAACUCACCGAGGAGCGGACAGAGAAGGGCAAGGAUAUCGAGAGGCGGAGAGUUCGUAUUGAACAGACAGAGAAGAAGAUGCUUGAUCUCAAGGAGAACAUUGAGAACGAGAUCCACAGCGCUUACGACGAAUUCCUGAAGAUGGACUCACACAUCAAGCUGUACAUCACUGAGAUGGAACAGUCUAUCUAA